GACCCGACCCACAAACCCAAAAAGACUGUAACAUAAAAGUCACCCCCUUCUCUCUCAAACGCCCCUCUCUGCAAAAUACGCAUCUGCAUAUCUCUAUCUCUUUGCAGGGUCCGUCAAUGGCGGCCACAAUGAAUCGCGUAUUCAGACCCACUUCAUCAUACUCAUCUUUAUUCAACCAGUUGAUAAAGAUUCGACCUUUAUCAACAGCUGCAGUAACGUCAUCUGAAUCAUUAAACACCAGUUCCCAAUCGUACCCUCGUGCAGAUCCUAAGCCAAGAAAUGUCCAGUGGGUUUUUCUUGGAUGCCCAGGUGUUGGAAAAGGCACUUAUGCUAGUCGUCUUUGUUCCCUUCUCGGGGUUCCUCAUAUUGCUACUGGCGAUCUUGUUCGUGAGGAACUUGCUUCUACUGGCCCCCUCUCCACUCAGCUUGCAGAGAUUGUCAAUCAAGGUAAAUUGGUUUCAGAUGAAAUAAUAAUAAGCUUACUGUCGAAGAGACUUGAAGCUGGUGAAUCCAAAGGUGAAUCGGGAUUUAUUCUGGAUGGCUUCCCUCGUACAAUAAGACAAGCAGAAAUACUUGAAGAAGUGACAGACAUCGACUUGGUUGUUAAUCUCAAGCUGCGAGAAGAUGUCCUUCUUGAGAAAUGUCUUGGCCGAAGGAUAUGCAACCAGUGUGGAAAAGGUUUUAAUGUGGCAUCCAUCAAUGCUGAGGAAAAGAAUGGUCUUCCUGCAAUGAGUAUGGCCCCACUUCUUCCGCCUCCACACUGUGCUUCUAAGCUCAUCACGAGGUCAGAUGAUACUGAACUGGUGGUUAAAGAACGGCUUCGGGUGUACAAUGAAAAGAGUCAACCCGUGGAAGAUUUCUAUCGGAGUCGAGGAAAAUUGAUGGAGUUUGACUUGCCUGGAGGAAUCCCUGAAUCCUGGCCAAAGUUACUGGAUGCUCUUAACCUUGAUGAUCAAGAGCACAAGCAGUCUGCAGCUGCAUAGAUUUAUUAUUAGUCGUUUUGCUUGUUUUGAUGAUCAUUCUUUGCAUGCGGAAUGUGCAUGUGUUGCAGUUUUGCAAUAGGAAGAUAAGAUUUUGUUUUCUUUCACAUAUCAUUGUUGAAUAAGAAACCUUAAAACUUGCCAACAAUUUAUUGGGGCUGUCUGUAAUGAUUUUCAUUUAUGUUUCUAGAAAGGAUUUUGUUGUAUCAAUAUAUCUGAGACCAAAGAUAGAGAAAAAUAAUACAACUAAAUGCAGUUUUGUUA